AUGCAGGAGCUUACAGUCAUUGUUGAUUUUCCUUACGGCCAAGUAGAAAAGAAAGAAGUCACAGUACCUGCAUUUUCCACAGUUGGUUCAAUUUAUUCUCAUGCUAAGCUUUUAUUCCCAGAAAUGGAUAAUAUUGGCGAGCACAACAUUUGCAUUGAACUUAUUGAUGGUACAUUUACAUAUGCAGAUUUAGACAAACCAAUUAAAAACUUUCAGAUUCCAGAAAAGCCACGCGUUGAGCUUGUUCCAUUAACAUUUGACUUAACAUUCAAUUUCCCAGGUACAGAACGCAAAAAAGAUGACACACGCAAAGAGGUCCCAUCUAUCAAGAGAGAUCCAAUCACACUUACCAUUAAUCUUAAAGAUUCAAUUCGUACAAUCAAAGAAAGGAUUUCAAAAGAAAUCAAUUCAAUUUCUCCCGAUGCCUUUGUCGUUGAACACAACGGAACCGUUCUUUUCGAUGCUUUACCAAUCCCAGAACAAGUAUCUGGUGCAAAGAGCUUCGAAAUCUACGCCGACGAUACAGAUAAGAAGAUUGACUUCUUAGAUUUGUAUCUUCGUGGUCCAGUUUACCUUCCUUUCUCAGAUGCAGUUUCUCUUUCAGCAUAUCUCCUCCAAGCGUCUGUCGGUCCAUCCCGUGCUUACAAAGGAGCCAUCUCAGACCUCGCUAAAUAUUUACCACGGCGUUUCCAGUCUGUUAACGGCGCAGCUGUAGAUUUGCAUCUUGAGUGGACUUUCCUUAACUCAGUCAGCAGAUUCCAAGCAGAGAAGGAGUUCGUAACAAAGGUUCAAGCGCUUCCACUUUUCAACUGCCAAUCAUUCACAGCCGCCAAAUUACCAAAUGACACAAAUCCAAGGCUUCCUGACAAUUUCGAGCUCAUCUAUACAGAACGCCGUAUAUUCGUUCUCGACUACAUCAAGUUCAAGACACGUCUUUCUAUUAAUUACGACGAUGUUCUCUCAAUUCAGAGAGACAACACUACGAUUAAACUUACAUACUCAAUUGAUGGCGAGAAUGUUGAGGAAGUUCGCUUUACUUCCAGAACAUGCCGCUCAAUUGUCAGAAAGACAGUUUCCUGCAUUAAUGGCACAGAUUCUCUUGAAGAGACACAAUUCACAUUCCGCACCAAGGAAGACAUUCUCCAGCAGAAGCAGACAAUCCGUCCACCAAUUUUCUGCGAAGAUUACGUUUGGGAUUUCAUCACAAAAGACGAAACAAUCACAGACUUAACGAACGCUAACUUAAUGCACGCUCUUCUUAUCCGUGCUGACAGUUGCGCAUGGCACUUGUCCGUUCUUCUUGAAAAAGUCAACGCAAAUACAGCAAAAGUCCUCAAAGACGAAAUUACUGCUUACCACAGCCGCUUAAUAGGCUAUCUUAAAUACCUUACAUACGACCAUCGUCCUUACGAUAACGCUUAUAAGAUUGGCUGGCUCUUAUCUUCACUCGACAGCAAGUACGAUGAAGCUAAGGCCAUCAUUAAAGACGUUCUUACCAAUUUGGCUCUCGUUCGCCAGUCUUUCGUUCCAAUUUCGAAAGAUCCAAUUUAUGUCACAUCUCGUAACGUCAUUUCCUUCAUUCUCUCCCAUCUUAUUUCAUGCAUGGAACUUCCUUAUGCUACGGAAGAACGCCGAGUCGAAGCUUUCCAAGAGAUUGUCAAAUUAUUCCUUGAAAACGGCCUUGAACUCAAAGAUCUCAUUUCCAAGUACUUGUUCUCUGUCGGCGAUGUCGAACUUAAGACAAAGAUGCAGCAGCGCUUAGAUUAUCUCUUCAGACAUCACUUAUUAUCUGUAAAUCUCUUCCCACUCAUCACAGAAAGCUCCCAAUUCCACGAUAUCGAUCCAUCUGUCAUCUUACAUCAAGAUUCUAUGAACAACAUGAUGACAGCGAUGGUCGAAUUCUCACGUGUCCUCUGGGAAGACAGAAAGAAGCUUCCAGACGACCAUCUCAAGGAGUUCUUGUCUGCAGCUGCCGACAUCUGCAAGAUGAUCCUCAAUCCAGACAACCAGAACUCAACACUCAUCCAUACAUUGAUCGAAUUCAACAAACUCGUUGCAUUCAACUUGCCAGGACUUUUCAACGAGCACAGAACACUGUUUACAAUGAUCAAUCCAGCAAUUACUAUUCUCAGGGAUUCAUACAGCAGAGUACAGAAUUUCUCUUCAUCUGUUGUUGUCAGCGACCUCUUGACAAUUGCUGUUAUUUUGGUCAUUGACCAACCAUCAGUUUUGGCUAAAGAAUGUGCACAAUUAUUCCAACUUUUGGAAGGAUCAUUGCACCACGUCUACAACCAAUACGCAAACGAUGUUGGGUUGUUCGAAUUAGAUCCAACAGAAGCAAGGAAUGACAGCUUCUCCGCUCUCAAGUGCUAUGUCCAGGACAACAUCAAUUUCGAGGUUGACGAAUGCACUGUUGGCGAAUUGUUGUUGAACAUGGGACCAGGACUUGCAUUGUCAUGGCUCAUCCACCGCCCUGUCAGCGAGUUCUGCCAGAUCUUCCUCAAGCUCUACAACCUCUAUCAUUGGUUUGUUCAUGCAACAAUCCACCGCGUACUCUACGAUGCAUCGAACUCUGAAGAAAUCACUCUUUCAGACAAAUCCAAGGAAAUCAUCAAUAAAUUGUCAGUUCACGAAGCAUCAUACUUUGCUUAUUCACUGACAUUGGAAGAGGAUUUAGAGCUUGCACACGAUGUCACAGCUGAUCUCGAGAAUUCUCCAAUGCAAGUCAUUCUUGAAGCCGCAUGCAAGAGUGAUACAACAUUACCAAACUGGAAAGAACUCUUUGGAAAACCACAGUUCAUUUCAAUCAUGGUUAAUGCAGGAGCUCUUCAGUUAUCAUUGACAUUGAACUCCAUUUUAGUUGCACAGAACACAGAUACAAUGAGAUUCCUUCUUCAGUUCCCAUUCGCUUUUGUUUCUCUUCAACAUUCCGUUGACAUUUUGCACAAUUUAGUUGGAACUCCUGGCUCUUUCGAUUCUCCAAGAAUCUACAUGAGAUCAAACAUCGCUAUUUCUCUCAUCAAGAACGAAGUCAAAGUUCUUUGUUCUACAACAGUUCCAGGAAACAAGUUGAUCUCCGCAGUCAAUGAUGCAUCAAAGAUCCUUCAUUCCAUCGGAAACAUGUAUCAUGAUUUCGAUCUCAGUCCAUUGACACCAUUAGUCAAAUUCCCAAUCACACAGCAGAUCAACUCAAAGGCUGUUGCUGAUUGCAGAACAGACAUGGCAUCAAUCAUGGGCGAUUACCGCAUUUCCAAGAACGAUUUCAUCGAAGCUGUAUCACGCAAGGACGAACAAUUAACAUUGUCAACACUUGCACGUAUCCACAAAUCAGCACAAGAAGCAGCUGAACUCAUUAACUACAUCGAACCAGAUAACAAACUCUCAGAAGAUGUCCAGAAAUCAUUUGACAGAUUCAUCAACAACGUAUCAAGAAUCUGGACAUACAGAUUGACAGCAUUACACAUCAGAGACGAACUUGAGAAUUUGGACAACAGCAUUGACAAGAUUGUUGAUGAAGUUGCAACAAAGAUGUAUGAACCAGCAACACAAGAAAAACUUCAGAAGACAAUCAAAGAUUUCGAUAACAUCAAACUCAAUCCAACAGAGCGUGAUGAAUUCGCUAAGAAGAUUGUUUCUUCAAUCAAGAAGUUGGCAGACAAGACACAAAAAGACGACGAAAUCAUUGAAAUUCUUUACGAAAUGUUGAUGCUCCUUAAAGACAACAAACUUUACGAACUUAGAGAGACAGCUAUGACUCUUGAUGACGCUGCUGACGAGUUCACAAAGAUUUUCGAGCAGUCUAAGUACGCAACAAUGGUUGCUUCAUGCGAAGAAUCAGUUGACAGAAUCAAGUUCAUCGACACCAUUUUUGUUUGGUUCUUGAAUGAUUUGGAGUUGUUAGUUAAACAAAUCAAAUCCGAUGCAUACAACAAGAAUGCAGGUGAUGGCCUUGAAAUCCUCGUUAGGAACAUCGAUUCAUCAUUUGUUCCUGACAUCACAAACCUCGAAAUCAUCAACCAAAACGUUUCAGAAGCUUCAACAAUCUUGUCAUAUCCUGUCAUGUUGAAACUCACAGAAAAGUGCCAAAUUGCAGCACAAAACUUAACCACAAUUUCUAAGUCAUACAACACAUUGACAGAGACAAUAUUGAAGAACACAGCCUUCAGCGGAAACUCGCUUAUCUACAAGGACGCAGUUCUCCAAAUCAUCACAAACAUCUACAAGGAGUUUACAAUCCAAGGAUGGUCAAGUGACGAAUUUGACUCAAUUUGCCAGACAAUUUCAGAUCCACUUUUGUCAGAUUAUUCCUCCGACAAGAUGAGUAAGUCACUUUUGCGCAUCCGUCGAUUCCUUCGUACAAUCCGUAUGCACAAACCAAAUGCACAUCCAAGAUACGUCGCUGAGACAGAGCACAUCUUGAACGAGCUUGAAAGAACACUCCUCGAAAGCUUCAACCAGCAGCAGAACAAGAUCAACGUCAAGGUCAACAACACAGUCCAGAUCAUCAAGAACUACUCGAGCACAUUAGUCAAAGCACCGAACGGCCAGAUCAAGAACUUUGUUGUUCGAUUGAUCAACAACUUGUCUAUGGAUGUUUCCACAUUCCGAACAUUCGAAGCUGAUACUCUUCAGCGCGGCAUCAACAAGUUGUACGACAGUCUUCGCAAGUCCACAUCAAAGGCAGACCACAUCAAUGCAUUGAUCCAUUGGCUUGAGAGCAUUGAGCGUGGAAUUUUGCCUGUUGAUGUUGAUGAAUUGCUUGAGAUCUUGAAGCAGAUUUCCAGCAAACUGAAGCGAUCCGAAGAAAGCUUGUUCGAUAUCACCGAUUCACAGAUGAUUAACAUUGCAAUUGGAUUGUCAGACGCAUUGGCAAUGCUUGCAAAGAUCAGAAUCUCAUUGAACUUGAUCAAAUCACACCAUAAGUUAGCUCCAAUCAGAGACCAGUUACACGCAUUCAUUGUCCAGAUCAUGAGGUCUCUUGAAGCAUAUGCCGAUGAAAUCCACACAUUCCACAUCGAGUCACACCCAGUUUUAGGAAUCAUCGAAACUGCACCUGUUAUGUGCGAAAAGAUCGAACUCCUCAUCGAAUCCGGAUUCACAUUGGCUGCUUCUGUGUCUCGCCAUGCUUCUGAGUCCAUCGAAGCAAUCAAGGUCUUUGUCGAUAAAUGCCCAGAAGAUUUCCGCCCAAUCAUUGAGAAGGAAUCAUUAGAACCAAUUAGAUUAUUAGAAGAGUUUUCAAAAGAAACACAGAUUUAA